CUUUCCUUCUUCAAAUCAUCACUUCUCUCUCUCUCUCUCUCUUUCUCUCUCGCGCCUGUUCCGCGACCCAUCAGAAGAAGAAGGAUGAAGAUGUCCAGGAGCGCCGUCGAGCUCGACUUCCUCGGCGUCGCGGAGAAGGAGAUCGGCUCCGCCUCCUCCAUGCCUCGCCCUCAGCGCCGGCGGCCUCUCGACCGCCUCUCCAGCUUCCGAGGCAUCCAGGGCGCCAUCUCGAGGAUCGACCCCGAGCUCCUCAAGUCGGUGUUCGCCCCCUCCGGCUCGGCGGAGAAUGCGGCUCGCUCGAAGCCGUCCUUCUCGGCGCCCGCGACUCCGAAGCCGGACCAGAACGCGGCUCCCGUGCUGCCUGGGUAUUCCCCUCUCGUCAGCAGGCUGAGCUCGGAUUCCCACGGAGAAGUGGCUCCGCUGACGAUCUUCUACGGCGGAACCGUCGCCGUCUUCGACCUCCCUCCCAACAAGGCGGAGGACAUUCUGAAGCUUGCGGCCCAAGGAAUCUCCCAAUCCGCGGGACCGGCGGCCCCGAAGGCUGCGGCGGCGGCGGCAAUUCCGAGCCACCGAGAACAUCUGCUCGUCAUCGGAGGUCUGCCGCUUACGAGGACGAAGUCGCUGGAGAGAUUCCUCGAGAAACGCAAGGAGAGGUUGGCUUGUUCGGCGUCGCCAUAUUCCCGCGACAAGUGAAAGCGCGUCGCUUCGUGGAACGAGCGAGGCGAGUCGGUUCUCCCGCACGUGGAAAAUGUGAAGGGAGGAGGAGGCGGAGAAGAAGUCGUCCCACAACGUAGACAGUCCUCUUACGGCGUCGUAGCCCCCUUAGGACGAGGACUCUCUCUUUUUUCCCUUUUUUUUUCCUUUUUUUUAUUUAGGUUUAAAGACGAGGCCGCCGACGGCGACCCCACGUGUUAAAUCGGAGGAUCUGUAAGUAGUUUGUAUGUCGUCACAUGAACUCUCUCUCUCUCUCUCUCACUCCCGCGAAUUUAAUUUUUCAUUUCAUGAAUUACUUUAUUUGUUGAUAUUUUAUCGUGUGUUGUCAAAGUUAGCCAAUUGCGCAUUUUUA